UCUCUCAGUCUCUUUCCUCAAAGGCGAUUGGCUGCUCGGGACUCAUAGCAUCUGUCCUGCUAGAGCAAAACAGAAAGGAGGGGUAGAUGUGGGGGGUUGUUAGCCAACAAGAUAGCAGCACAGUUCAGGCGAGGCAGGGGUGUUCUCUCUUUCUGACACACACACAUUUGAACUUGCAAACAAGCACACACGCCGCUGCUCUUUCUCAGCAGCAGGCAGCUGCAACAUCCGCAUCGCCAGCUCCCCCACUCGCUUUCUUUCUUUCUUGAAGCGCUCUCCUCCUCCUCGCUUCCACCCUCCGCAACGUCUCAUCCCGCUGUCCUGUACUGACUCCGCUGUCUGUCACCGUGGCGACAUGGCCUCUGCAGCCAUGGCAACCAGCCAGCAGGAUUCAGGCUUCUUUGACAUCAGCAUCAAGUCUCUGCUCAAGUCUUUAGGAGGCUCUUCUCCUGUGAAGCCGCCCGCCCCGCCAGCCAGUGGAACGCAAGGAGAAAGAAAGGGUCCUGUCGACAUGGCGCCCGUCAACGUAGAUCCCGAAAGCAAGCCGGGCGAGUUUGUCCUCAAAAGCUUGUUCGCCAACUUCACCCUACUCUCCGAGCGCAAGAUUCGCAUCAUCAUGGCCGAGCCACUGGAAAAGCCACUAAACAAGUCUCUGCAGAGAGGAGAAGACCCACAGUUUGAUCAACUGAUCAGCAGCAUGAGCUCUCUUGCAGAGUACUGCUUACCAUCCAUUCUGAAGACUCUGUUCGACUGGUACAAGAGGCAGAACGGCCUGGAGGACGAGUCCCACGAAUACAGACCCAGAGCCAACACAAAGUCAAAAAAUGACGAACAACAAAAGGACUACUUACUGGAGCGGCGAGACCUGGCAAUCGACUUCAUUUUUUCUCUGGUGCUUAUAGAAGUUUUAAAACAGGUGAGGCUCUACUUCCAGAUAGAUGGAUUAAUUCAAGAAGUUGUAAACCUGGCCUUUAAGCACUUCAAAUACAAAGAGGGGUAUCUGGGCCCAAACACUGGCAACAUGCACAUCGUGGCUGACCUGUAUGCUGAAGUAGUGGGAGUUGUUGCACAGUCAAGGUUCCCUGCAGUGAGGAAGAAGUUCAUCUCUGAGCUGAAGGAGCUGAGGCAGAAGGAGCAGAGCCCCUACGUCAUCCAGUCCACCAUCAGCCUCAUCAUGGGGCUCAAAUUUUUCCGCAUAAAAAUGUACCCAGUCGAGGACUUUGAAGCCUCCUUCCAGUUCAUGCAGGAGUGUGCUCAGUAUUUCUUGGAAGUCAAGGACAAAGACAUUAAGCACUCUUUAGCCGGACUCUUUGUGGAAAUACUUGUCCCUGUAGCAGCUACUGUUAAGAACGAAGUAAACGUUCCAUGUUUAAGGAACUUUGUGGAGAGUUUGUACGACACCACUCUGGACCUCUCCUCCAGGAAGAAGCACUCUCUGGCUCUUUACCCUCUGGUGACAUGUCUGCUGUGCGUCAGUCAGAAACAGUUCUUCCUCAGUCGUUGGCACAUUUUCCUCAACAACUGCCUCUCAAACCUAAAGAACAGGGACCCGAAAAUGGCUCGCGUGGCUCUGGAGUCGCUCUACCGCCUGCUUUGGGUCUACAUGAUCCGAAUAAAAUGUGAAAGCAACACUGGAACGCAGAGUCGGCUGACAUCCAUCACAUCCACUCUGUUUCCCAAAGGAAGUCGUAGUGUCGUACCCAGAGACAUGCCCCUCAAUAUUUUUGUCAAGAUCAUCCAGUUUAUUGCUCAGGAGAGGCUGGAUUUUGCAAUGAAAGAGAUCAUAUUUGACCUGCUAAGUGUUGGGAAGCCGGUCAAAGCCUUCAGUCUAAACCCUGAGCGUAUAAACAUCGGUCUGCGUGCAUUCCUGGUGAUAGCAGAUGCUCUGCAACAAAAAGACGGGGAACCUCCAAUGCCCAACACCGGCGCCACUCUCCCCUCUGGGAACUCUUUAAAGAAGAAGAAGACGUAUCUCAGCAAGACGCUAACUGAAGAGGAAGCCAAACUAAUAGGCAUGUCCUUGUACUACUCACAGGUGCGCAAGUCUCUGGACAACAUCCUCAGGCACUUGGAUAAGGAAGUGGGUCGCUGCAUGAUGCUGACCAGCGUCCAGAUGCUCAACAAAGAGCCAGAGGACAUGAUUACUGGUGAAAGGAAGCCUAAAAUCGACCUUUUCCGAACAUGCGUAGCUGCAAUUCCUCGCAUCCUUCCUGACAGUAUGUCCAAACAGGAGCUCAUUGACUUACUGUCACGCCUCACGGUACACAUGGACGACGAGCUUCGCCUCAUUUCCCAGAACUCUCUGCAGAGCCUGUUGCUUGAUUUCUCCGACUGGAGGGAAGACGUUCUAUUUGGCUAUACACAUUUCCUUUUACGAGAGGUCCAAGAUACCCAUCAGGGCCUGCAGGAUGCAUCUGUGAAGCUUCUGCUCCAGCUGCUCACACAGUGGAGGUUAGCUUUGCAGCUGCAGGGGAAAAUGCGAGGUGGAGUUGAGGCCAGUCCCAGACUGCCAGACCGGAGCCCUCACUGGUCAGUUCUUCAUGCGGUGGAGGGUCUGGCUCUGCUGCUCCUCUGCUCAUGUCAGAUCAGCACGAGGAAGCUGGCUGUCAGCGUGUUGAGGGAAAUACGCCUCCUCUUUGCAGCACUGGGGCAUGCAGAGGAUGAUGACAAACCAAUGAUAGAGGUCAUGGACCAGCUGAGCCCCGCUGUAAUGGACAGUAUUAUUCAUGUGGCUGUUUCUGAUUCUUCCACAUUACCACUCAACCACCACGUUGACCUCCAGUGGUUGGUGGAUUGGACCGCUCGGCUGGUGAACAGUUCCUACGACGUGAAGAGUCCCAGCCACGUUUGGAUUUUUGCUCAGUGUGUGAAGGACCCGUGGGUGCUCUGCCUGCACAUCUUCUUGCGACAGGAGCACCUCCCCAAACACUGUCCCAUCGCUCUGGGUUACGCUUGGCCGUACGUCUUCACACGGCUACAGCUGCUGCUGCCACUCCUAGACCCCAACAGUCCAGUUAACGCAAAGAAGACCAGCACAGCGGGCUCCAGCGACAGCUACAUCUCCCUGUGGCGUAAUUACCUGAUUCUCUGUCUGGGUGUAGCUAAGCCGAGCAUCAUGUCACCCGGCCACCUCAGGGCUUCCACACCUGAGAUCACGGCCACCACACCUGACGGCAGCGUCACCUAUGACAACAAGGUGAUAGGCACUCCCUCUGUGGCCUGCCUGUUAAAACAGUUGGUUCCACUGAUGAGAACAGAGAGUCUGGAUAUCACAGAGUCUCUAGUUCUGGGGUUUGGAUGCACGAAUGCUUUGGUCUUCAGGGAACUGGUUGAAGAACUCCAUCCACUAAUGAAGGAAGCUCUGGAACGCAGACCUGAGAAUAAGAAGCGCAGAGAGAGGAGAGAUCUCCUCCGACUGCAGCUGCUGAGGAUAUUUGAACUGCUGGCUAACGCGAGCGUCAUCAGUGACAGCACGAACGGCGCUCUGGAGCGUGACUCGCUGGCAAUGGGGGCUUUGUUCCUGGAGUACGUGGAUCUGACCAGGAUGCUUCUGGAAGCCGAGAACGAGAAAGAGCUGGAUGUACUCAAAGACAUCCGAGCUCAUUUCAGCGGGAUGAUUGCUAAUCUCAUUCAGUGUGUCCCCGUCCAGAACAGGCGCUUCCUGUUCCCUCAGCAGUCUCUGAGGCACCACCUCUUCAUCCUCUUCAGCCAGUGGGCUGGACCCUUCAGUGUUAUGUUCACGCCGCUUGACCGUUACAGCGAUCGCAACCACCAAAUCACCCGCUACCAGUACUGCGCUCUCAAAGCCAUGUCUGCGGUUCUGUGCUGUGGUCCCGUUUUUGACAAUGUUGGUCUGUCUACUGAUGGCUACUUGUAUAAAUGGCUGGACAAUAUUUUGGCCUGUCACGACCUGCGGGUUCACCGUUUGGGCUGUGAAGUGGUCAUCCUGCUUUUAGAACUGAAUCCAGACCAAAUUAAUCUCUUCAACUGGGCUGUGGAUCGCUGCUUCACUGGGUCCUACCAACUGGCGUCCGGCUGCUUCAAGGCCAUCGCCACCGUCUGCUGCAACAGGAAUUACCCAUGUGACCUGGUGACGCUGCUCAACCUCGUCUUGUUCAAGGCCUCAGACUCCAGUAGGGAAAUCUAUGAAAUCUCCAUGCAGCUGAUGCAGGUGCUGGAAUCCAAACUGUCUGUGUACUCUAAGAGGAUGGUGGAGCAGAAGCCUGGAAAUAUUCUAUACGGAACCCACGGUCCUCUACCUCCUCUGUACAGCGUCAAUCUGUCUCAGCUCUCCAUCCAGCUUGCCAGCAUGUACCCAGAGCUCACGCUGCCUCUUUUCUCAGAGGUGAGUCAGCGUUUCCCAACCACACACACCAAUGGCAGACAGAUUAUGCUGUCAUACCUGCUGCCCUGGCUCAGUAACAUCGAGCUGGUAGACAAUGGGCUCCUUCCCCCUGCAUCAAGCCCAUGCACACCUGAGGAGGAAACCCACAGUCAGGGUCAGGGCAUGUGUCCCAGUCUGAGAGGAAACGGCUGGGGCUCCCUGCAGGCCACUUCGCUGGUGCUCAACAACCUCAUGUUCAUGACUGCUAAGUAUGGAGAUGAGGUUCCAGGUCCAGAGAUCGAGAACGCCUGGAAUGCUCUGGUAUCCAAUGACAGCUGGAGCAACAACUUGCGAAUCACUCUGCAGUUUCUUAUAAGCCUGUGUGGAGUCAGCAGCGACACCACAUUGUUACCUUAUAUAAAGAAGGUGGUGAUCUACAUGUGUCGCAACAACACCAUCCAAACCAUGGAGGAGCUCCUGUUUGAGCUGCAGCAGACCGACCCGGUCAACCCCGUGGUUCUGCACUGUGACAACCCCCCUUUCUAUCGCUUUGCUGCAAGCAACAAAGCCCCCACCUCCCAAACGGGCACAACCUCCAGCAGUAACACAGUGGUGGCUGGCCAAGAGAUGCUUCCAGACACCGAUGAGAACAAACUCGCCCGGGAGAAUGAAGAGCGGAGGGCCAGGGCUCACAACAGACUGGAAUCUCGUUACAGCAACAGCUCUGGAGGCUCCUACGAGGAUGAAAAGACUGAUCCGUUGCCCCCGUAUGCCGGUUGGCUGCUGAGCGUCCUGGAGAACAACCGUCCUCAGCCGUUACCCAUGCCGGUUAACGGAGGCUGCUGGGCUCCUCUGGUCGACUAUCUUCCUGAAACCAUCACACCUAGAGGACCUCUACACAGGUGUAACAUCGCUGUAAUCUUUAUGACUGAAAUGGUGGUGGACCACAGCGUGAGGGAAGACUGGGCUCUGCACCUGCCUCUGCUGCUACACGCACUUUUCCUGGGUUUGGACCACUACAGACCAGAGGUCUACGAGCACAGCAAGCGUCUCCUCCUCCACCUCCUCAUUGCCCUCUCCUGCAACAACAACUUUCAGGUCAUUGCCUCAGUUCUAAUGCUCACAAGGGAGAUCACUGACAACAAAACCCUCACAAUCAAGUCCAACUAUCACACAGAGUACCAGCAGUCGCAAGUACCUGACUUUCUGCGAGAGUGGCAGACCUCUCCUGUCGUGGACUCUGGGCUCAGCUCCACGUCCAACUCUUCCUCUACUAGUCUGGGUGGUGGCAGCACAGCAGGCAGCGUCGGGAAUUUGCCUCUUGUAACGCCUGACGACCUGGAAGAUCUUGAAGACACGCCCAGCGAGACGGACGAGAAGACCAACAAACUCAUCGAGUUCCUGUCCACCAGAGCUAUUGGGCCUUUGUGGGCGCAUGAAGACAUCACUCCAAAGAACCCCAACUCCAAGAGCACAGAGCAGCUUUCCAACUUCCUGCGCCACGUCAUUUCUGUCUUCAAGGAGUCCAAAACUGAUUUCCACUUGGAGCAGCAGCUGAGUGACGUGGCCUUACAGACAGCUCUGUGCAGCUCCUCUCGUCACUACGCCGGCCGCUCUUUCCAGAUCUUCAGAGCUCUCAAACAGCCAAUUAACAACCACGCAGUCUCUGACCUGGUGUCUCGGCUUGUGGAGGUGGUAGGAGAACACGGAGACGAGGUGCAGGGCUAUGUGAUGGAGGUGUUGCUGACGCUGGAGUCGGUGGUGGUGAAUCUCGCUGAGUGUCUGAAAAACAGCGACCUGAUGGCAGCUCUAACCAGAACGUCCUCUCCAGACUUUGUGACGAGUGACAAAUUAAUGAACAGAAAGAGCACUGGAAUGCUGAACUUCCCCGGCCCAGGAUUUGCCGGUCUGUCAUCCCAACGACACCAGCGCUCAUAUUCUGUUCCCAAGAAAUUCGGCGAGUAUGGCAGUCUGACGAGCGAUCCACCUCGUAGCGCCACUCUGGAUCGCAUACAGGCUUGCAACAACCACGGUCUUGCCCGAAAAGCAAGAACCCCCGGAUCCUGCACAUCCUCCACCAAUCGCAUAGAUCCCAGCGUUCUGUCGGACCCCGCGCACGUCUCCCAUCCCUCAUCGAUACUGGCCACGGUCUUCUGGGUGGCAGUGUCGCUAAUGGAGUCUGACUUUGAGUUUGAAUACCAGAUGUCACUCCGCCUUGUUCACAAGCUGCUUUCAAAGGUGCCGUUAGACAGAGCGGAAAACCGCGAGCGUCUGGAGAAGCUGCAGGCUCAGAUGGGAUGGAGUGGAUUCUCUGGAAUCCAGCAGCUUUUGUUGAAGGGCUUUACAUCCCAGGCGACGUCUGACCUCACCCUGCAGUUGUUCUGCCAGCUCACGCCCGUCUCCCGCGUGCCAGUCGUUGACAGCUCACAGUCCAUCGGUUUUCCUCUGAAUGUGUUGUGUCUGCUGCCUCACCUGGUUCAGCACUUUGGCCAUCCCACACAGUUUUGUAAGGAAAGUGCAGAGAGGAUCGCUCAGGUGUGUCUGGUUGAAAAGAACACAAAGCUGUCCCACCUGGCUCAUGUGAUGACUUUGUACAAAACGCGCUCAUACACACGGGACCCUUUUUCCUGGGUCAGUGUGGUGUGCCGUUAUCUCCAUGAAGCUUUCUCUGACAUUACUCUCAACAUGGUCACCUAUAUGGCUGAGCUGCUGGAUAAGGGCCUUCCCAGCAUGCAGCAGUCUCUUCUGCAGAUCAUCUACUGCCUGCUCAGCCACAUGGACCUCACUGCUGUUCAGGUCAAACAGUUUAAUGCCGACGUCAUCAAAACAAUUGAGAAGUUUGUCCAAUCAAUCCACUGGAAAGAUGCCUUAAACAUUUUGAAGCUGGUUGUUUCGCGCUCUGCCAGCCUUGUGCAUCCGGUGUACGGCCACUCACAGGGGGAUCUGUCCAAUCUGGAGGUCAGCAGGGUGUGGGACGGCUCUGCCAAGGCUCUGCCGGGGAAAACGCUCGACUUCACUUUUGACAUUUCAGAGACUCCGGUGAUUGGCCGUCGGUUUGAUGAGCUCCAGGGUUCUGGUGGCAGAGAUGCUAAGGCCAGAGCCAUGGCCGUCACACGCAGCACCUCCUCAACCUCCUCUGGGUCCAACUCCAACACCAUCCUGGUGCGUGUCAGCUGGAGGCGCCCACAGUCAUCACAGAAAAGAACCAGAGAGAAGCUGGUGACCGUGUUGUCUCUUUGUGGACAAGAAGUUGGACUCACCAAGAAUCCAUCGGUGAUCUUCUCGUCAUGUGGCGACUUGGACAUGAUGGAGGUGCGAGAAAGCGGGGUGUCGUCUGAGGAGGGUGGCACCAGGGAGGACACUUUGGACGACACCGCUAGCGAGCAGCAGUUUCGGGUUUUCCGAGACUUCGACUUCCUGGAUGUGGAGCUGGAAGAUGGAGAGGAGCUUCAGGGUGAGACUGUUGAUAACUUUAACUGGGGCGUGCGUCGGCGGUCUCUGGACAGCACCGAACUGGGAGAUCUGUUGGGCGAAAGUCAGCACUCAGGCAGCACUCCCAGUUUGGGCCACGAGGACCCUCACGAUUCAGACGAGUCCUCGGAGGAGGAAGAGUCUUCAACGAGUCAGAGCCUCUCCCAUUCUCAGCUGACGAAUCCUUCCCCAUCAGAGGAAACUAACCCCACCGAUUCUCUGUCUACAUCCUAUGACUUAUCUGCUGACCCCCAGUCUUUCAGUGCCACCACCCCAGGGCAGGGAAUGCCCCGUGAUAAUCACAGCAGCAUGCAACUGAAGGUGUGCGGUGAGGAUGAAGACACUCAGGCUCAGGAUGACGAUCUCUCAAUCAGGUCCAACGAGUUACCUCAAGGCUCGGACUGUGGCGAGAGCUUCACCUUAGAGAUGCCGGGACAACCGCUGGAGCCGCCUCUAAAUCUGAAUCGCAGCCUCAACCCGCACUUUGGUCAGCCUCCUCUAGACUUCCUUGACCCAGACUACCUGCCAAGUUUACGGGAUGAUGUCGAUGAUUUGGAAGACCUGGGGUUUCCUCCUCCACCCUCCCCAUUUUUCUCCGCCAUCUUGGCGGCGUUCCAACCCGCGGUGUACGAUGAUGCCGAGGAGACGUGGCGUUGUCAUGUCAACCAGCUCAUUACCGACUCGGAUGGUUCUUGUGCCGUCUACACCUUCCAAGUCUUCUCAUCUCUCUUUCAGAACAUUCAGGGUAAAUUCUGCACUCUGACUACUGAUGUCGCCACCUACCUCGGUGAGGGAUUAAGGGGCAUUGGAUCCAGAUUUCUUAAAUCCUCACAAAUGCUGACUUCCUGCUCCGACUGUCCGACCAUCUUUAUUGACGCUGAGACGAUCAUGUCCUAUGGACUCCUGGAGAAGAUGAAGUUCAGUGCACUGGAGCUGCAGGAGUACCUGGAUACCUACAACAGCCGGGAGGAGGCCGCUGUAUCGUGGUUGAAGAACUGCAAGGACACAUUUCCCAGGUGUCCCGGCGACAGUGUGGUUACCUGCCAACCAGGAGACUCUGAAGAGAAACAACUGGAGCUCUGUCAGAGGCUGUACAAGCUGCACUUCCAGCUUUUGCUGCUGUUCCAGUCCUACUGCUCUCUCAUUUGUCAAGUUCACGCCAUCAGCUCGGUCCCUGAGCUCCUGAACAUGUCCCGAGAGCUCAACGAUCUGAGGAUCAGCCUGCAGACUGCAGAGACUGCAGUGGCCACCGACUUGGAGCACAAACACACCGCUCACACCCACAAACACGCCAGCCAGCUGGCGGCCAUAGUGGUUCCCAGCUUCCCCAAUACAGAGGCAGCCGUGCAGGCCAUUCUGGAGUGUCUGAGGAACCACGAGUUCACCAAGGCGGUGCGCUACAUCCAGGAGUGCCGGAUCCAAUGGCCCAACGGACUGUUCGGCAGCAGCGCGGAGAGCGAGGUCCAGACUCUGCUCAACGUCUACUUCCGUCACCAGACUCUGGGCCAGACGGGCACUAUUGCUCUGGUCGGCUCCAGGCAGGACCUCAGCCUGAUCUGCUCCAAGCUGCUCGAGCUCAACGGGGAGAUUCGCGACAUGAUCCGCCGCGCCCAGGGCUAUCGGGUCGUCACCACUUACCUCCCCGACUCCAGCGCCUCCGGGACCAGUCUCUGACAGGACCUGAGGAGCUCCCCGCCUCCACCUGCGGCGCCCCCGCAGCUCCAGACGCUUCCCAAACCCUCCCUGAGUCUGCAGACUGCCGUUAUGCAGCUGAGGCAGCAUCCACAUACCUGGCCUCUUCCUCUUCCUCCUCCUCCUCAGUUCCACAUCUCCAGCCUGAUUCCUGCAUGCCGACCCAUCCAGCACUAGAACCCUACUCAGAUGAAAAUCUCCCCCUGCUCUCCUCUCUGUCUGAUUAUCGCUCAAACCCGCCCCGUCCAGCAGACUGCCCUCUGCCGCUCACAGAGCAGCCCAGGAGGAGCUAUCAAAGCUGUUAUUAUCCUUUCAGAGGGUUUUCCUCUCACGCCGCUCCGUCACAGCUUCACCGCAGCAAGCACACCAUUUCCUCGCUGUCCUCCACCAUGAUCCCCGUCGUUGAGUCACAUCACCCCGUUCCUCCCCGUGGAUCCCACCUCCCCCAUUUCCCCCGCUCUCCCUACAAAAGCCCCGCCGCUGCGUCGGCCGCUCGCCCCUCCCCUCCCACUCCCCUCCCCCUCUGCCCCAGCGGGCCGGAGGAAGCCGCCGCGUGGGGCUGCUGCUGCUCCCUCGGUGGGGGCGCAGCGCCGCUGACCCGCUACCUGGGAAAGGUGGGGCAAGCCACACUGCCUUUCAUAAAAGUAGGGGAGCUCCUGAAGUCGGAACCGUCGGACGUCCAGACGUGAAACCGCGGCUUAAAAAGCUUAAAAGUCUAAACUGAAAACGGACUGUGACACAUCUACUGAUCUUACACAUAUCGAGACUGACCUGUCGGGACGUCCCAGGUCUGCUGAUAAAGACGAUUUCAUUCGAGCACCAGCUUGUUUUUCCCCCAAGCUUCGUGCUGUUCGACAUCUUGCACCCAGAACUCGGAACCUUGUUUUCCAGACGGACGGACGCUGCCUCCUGAAGGAUGCUGGGAGACCACACGUGAAACUGCAUCCUCCCUGGAAGGGGUUUUUCUCUUUUGCACUAAAUGGGGUUUUUUGGUAUUUGUUCUUUUUAAAUGUUACUGAAGGGAGGGGACUGUGUUACUGCGAGAGAAGGGAGCUGUCACUUUUACUUUGAAGGAAAAAGCUCACGUGACUUCUCUCUUACUGUUCCGAUACCUCCUCUGGAGGAAGCUGUGCAAUGCAUGACCCAGAUGAAUGCUUUCCACUGCACCUUUACUCUCCAAAAGUCUCCAACCAGACCGACUGAAAAAGCGGACGCUCACUUUUCAACCUGCGUAUAUUCUCCGUCUGUGAACCAGCUUCUCCUCCGACUCCUCUUAACACUACUGAUGCCAUUGUGUGUGACACGCACUCCUUUGUGGCUAGUUGUAGUCAACAUGCACACACUACAUUUCUCACUGGAAAACACCCGUUACCCGUCGACUUUGCGCUCGCGGUGCACGUAAAUGUUCGAUCUUUUUACUGUCAAUAGUUCUGCUCACACAACCAUCGUAGCACAUGUUUGUGUGUGAUUUUUGUAGCUGCACAUGAUGGAAACGCUGACAUUCAGCGCUCAUUGUCAAUGUUUUAAAGAAAAAGGAAAAAAAAAACUCAAUAAUGUCGUCAACCCUUUUAUUGUGACGAUCCCCGUCUCUCCUAGAACAGUUUCAUUACUUUUUAUAUUCAGUAGUUGUUUUUUUUUUAACCAAACUGCCAUGCAUGCAUCUUCAAAUGUUUGAACCAUUAAGAAAAUUAAGUUGAAAGAUGUUUGUAUGAGGGAGCUUCAAGCUCACGUGGGUGUUUUUGGUUUUAUUUUAUUUUUUUGUCUGCAUGCCAAACAAAGUUGCACAUUUUUUUUUAAGCUUUUUAGAUGAAUUACAGUUUGCCACCGUGUAAAUACUUUUACUGCCUUUGUGAAGUUGUUUUUAGUUGAAGUUCUGUACAAGUUGGUGUCAAAGUAAAGACAUACCAAAAAAA